ACUACAGAUGUCGCGACAUCUGCUGCAGUCGCCUCCUACGCACCGCUGCUUCAUAUACGUAUGCAUGACCAGGAGCGCCAUCACUUGUUCACAGUUCACAGAGCAGUUCGGAAGAGAUUCGAAGCCACAGCGAUGGAGCGUCGUUUUCUCCUCUUUCUUGUCGUCUUCGUGGUCGGAGUGGCUGAAGGCAGAUGGAAGAAAAAAAAAUACUCUGAGUGCUAUAACGAAUUCAACGGGACUGAAGGCGUUAUAACCAACACCGAUCUGACAACGGAUGCGACUUGCAAAGCUGUUCUCAUUAUGAUCGAUGCAGGAGAGCCAGUAACCUUUUCCUGCUCCGAAUUCAACUUCAGUGGCGGCAAUGACUCUUAUUGUAUGAUAGUCUCCACCAAGAAGCGGAAAAGGGGAAAUAGAGGGAAUGGAAUGGGGAGAAACAAUAAAGGUAACGAAAAUUCUCUCCGCCCUUGGAGAAGCGGGAGGAGUGUGGGCGGUGGAACCGACGAGGAAACGGCGCAAGGACCUCUGGCCAACGCCCUUCUCAGGGGAUCGCUCAGCCAACAGUUCCUGAAGCGCGAGAAGAGACAUCGAAAUGACUUCGGAAGAGGAUCAAUGGAGGACGAAAAUGGAUCAACAGAAGAUGAUGAAAGAAAGAGUAGAGGCGGAUGGAAAAAAGGCAGAGAUAAAAAAGGCCAAAAAUUUUGUGAUGAUAACGCCCCAACAAAUGUUGAAAUAUCAGAGGGCACGGCAAAAAUCAUACUCGUGCCAAAUCGAAGGAGGAAAUACCGUGGCGAGGACUCGAACCCAGUCCUCGAUGCCGUGGCGUUCGAAUGCAGCUGGGGUGCAAAUUAGACCAUCUCCUGCUUGCCUUUUGUUUUCAGUAGCUUCAUGACACUGAAAUUUAUUUACAUAAUUUAUCUGAAUGGCUUUAUUUUCGACUGACGAUUUCACGUCGAUGGCUUUGUGUAUUAUUUCAUAAUGUUAAGUUCAGAAAAUGAAAUAAAAAGGAAUGGUACACAC